CCUUACAUUACUAGAUGAUCGAGAGAGUCUCCUGACGAAGGUUAUAAUAUCAGUAACUUUCUAAGCUUCAAAGCUAAUAAUUAUCAAGCACGCAGCUUUGCGCCGCGUAUAUUUAAGAAAAUGUCUAUCCUUGGUCCUGCCGACCGGCGCCCAGAGUUGGCGCUGACAGGAACAACAAUUUCACACCUAAAGACCUGGCGCACGGAGUACCUUGAUGAAUAUUCUGACAUCAAGCUGGCAGCGGGCGUGCCAGAGCAACGUAUGGAGAUGGCGGGCAUCACAGCGCACAUUGGCACCAUCACUGGCCGCCACACGCACAUGCACAAGGAGACGACGCGCCUGCCCACUGGGCACCCGCCGAGCUCUACUUACCGUGCGCAAGAUGCUGUUCCCAUCGGCACCAUGACGCGAGGAACAGGAACAAUAACGAAGCUGGGCGACUCCUGCCUCUAUGACAAGGAGCAGACCUGGGCGCAUUGGCGCGUGGCGGUGGAUGGCAAGCCGGCAGACACUCGCCGCAAGUACCGCGGCGUAAGCUAGCCGGUCAGUAGUGCGGUGUCACGGUGUGUGCUGCAGACUGACGAAAUGGUGCAAGCAGAUUCGGAUGGGGCUUAUGGGGCGCGCUUGGACAGGACUCUGAUGUGUAGGUGGAAGGCACGCGAACCAUGGCCAUGGUGUAUGACGUGCGUGCGGUUGUCCGCAACGUGCAUGUGCACAGCUUGCUUGAUGCAAGUUCUGGCGCAUAUCUGCGCUUUGGCAGCGUGGCGUGGACACAUGGUGGAUGGCUGAGCACCGUAAUGUGGACGUGGACGUGGCGAUGGACUCCGGUGCUCAGAUGUGCGUAAACUGCAUUAGGUAGGAUUAGGCAGGGCAAGUAUGCCGUAGAGGUGGGUUCUAGCUUUCGCAGUUUUCGCAAUUUGUUGUACAUUUCUUUGGGAUUGGCGGUGAUUGAUGCUAAUGGAUGCAAGAGCUUGCUGACCCCUCAUGAACAACGAGGUUGCACAAGCUACAUGCUGAUAUUCAUCUGGAUACUCCGACGGCACAACCCGGCCAAAUCCGAGCUUGGGUGCAAGCGGUUUUAGUCCUUGGGGGUUCGACCUCCGCAAUAAGGAGUGUCAGGGCAGGGGUGUGGCAGGAUGAUGGAGAAGCUGCUGAUGAGGCAAAUGAGCAGACUGCAAGGAAGUGGAUAGGAGUCUUUGAAAACGAAGGCGCUGUGGUUGCAGCAGCGUGGCACGUGCUUUGCAUCAUUACAUGAUAGAGAGUGCGGAUUUGGCAUAUGCCCGUCCCAUUUUGUCCGUGAUGCGCACGUGUAUGGGGGGGUUGGAUUGAGCUCGGGGGUUCUGAAGUUACUGAGUUUACGGAGGCGGGGUUGGACUGGGCGGGCAUGAUUGCGCAGGUGGCGAAAGUUCAAUGUUGUGCAAGGGUGCCGCAGCU